UAAACAUAGUGAUAUGAUGGCCACUUCCCAAAUGCUUUAUUUUGCAAUUCAUACUCUUCUUCUGUUUUCACUUUCUUUGGAGAUUGCAACAUCACAAAGAACAGAGGGAAGAGCCCUUCUGAAGUGGAAGAACACUUUAUUCAAUACCGAUGUUCUUCAUUCAUGGUCCAUUGCAAAUCUUGACAGUAUUUGCUGGAAUUGGACUGGCAUCACUUGCAACAAUGCUGGAGCUAUUCAUAUGAUAGAGCUGGAUAAUUCUAGCCUUUCAGGUACACUUGAAACCCUUGAUUUCAUUUCAUUACCUAACCUCACCCGGUUUAGUCUCCAUUAUAAUAGUUUCACUGGACCAAUUCCAUACGCUAUUGCUAACCUUUCCCAGCUAGUGUUCUUGGACCUCAGUUUUAACCGUUUUAUAAAUUUUAUACCAACCGAGAUUGGAAGAUUAACAAAUCUUCAGUUCUUGAACCUUGGCUUUAACAAUCUCGGUGGUAUUAUUCCCUCCCAACUAAGCCACCUUCAACACCUUACUUCACUUUCCUUAUCUUUCAAUUCUUUCACCGGCCAAAUUGCACAUGCAACAUUCUCUAAUAUGAGCAAGCUUCAAACUUUUGAUUGUAGGGGAAAUGUUUUCCAUGGCCCAAUUCCAACAAGUUUAACCAAGCUAUCCAAGCUUAAACAACUUGACCUACGUGCCAACCAUUUCUAUGGCUUAAUACCUCCUACAAUUGGAAAUCUAAGCUCACUAAUUAAUCUUCAUCUAAGCUCCAACAUGCUGCAAGGGAAUAUUCCUGAAGCACUAUGCAAUCUUCACUCCCUUGACACUCUUUAUUUAUUCAACAAUAAUUUUAGUGGUCCAAUUCCUCAAUGCCUUGGAAAUAUAACCUCACUAAGGCAUCUUUCUCUAGAUUCCAAUGAGAUGCAUGGGAAUAUUUAUAGAACAUUAUGCAACUUUCACUCCCUUGAAACCCUUGAUUUAUAUAACAAUUGUUUGGGUGAUCUAGUUUCACACUGCUUGGGAAAUAUAACCUCAUUAAGACAUCUUUCUCUCCAUUCCAAUGCGGUGCAAGGAAAUAUUCCUGCAACACUUUGCAAUCUUCUCUCCCUUGAAAGUUUGUAUUUGUCUUUCAAUAGUUUGAGAGAUCCAUUUCCACAAUGCCUGGGGAAUAUAACCGCAUUAAGAUAUCUUUUUCUUAGUUCCAACAGGGUGCAAGGAAAUUUUCCAACAACACUUUGCAAUCUUCAAUCCCUCGAGGAUCUAGAGUUGUCCUUCAAUAAUUUGGGAGGUUCAAUUCCACAAUGCUUGGGAAAUAUAACCUCACUAAGAUAUCUUUCUCUCAGCUCCAACAUGCUCCAAAGAAAUAUUCCUGAUGCCCUAUGCAAUCUUCGUUCCCUUGAGAUUCUUGAUUUAACAAACAAUAGUUUGGAUGGUUCAAUUCCACAAUGUUUGGGAAAAUUAAAAAGUUUGGAAACUUUACUUGUUUCUAAAAACCAGCUUGGAGGCACGGUACUUCCAAUUCCAAUCCUUAGAAAUGACAUAAAUCAAACAAUAAGUUCGAGUUUGAUUUAUGGCAAAGAUACAGGGUUGUGCAGUUUGAGUUCCUUGCAGUUUCUUGAUAUGUCUGACAACAAUUUACAUGGUCCGCUACCUAUGUGUUUUGAGAGCCUAAGCAGUGAACUUAAGGUUAUAAAUUUUGCUAGAAAUCAAAUUCAAGGAACUAUUCCAGGAGUAUGUACAAAUGGAAACAACUUGGAGUAUUUCAAUUUGAAUGGCAAUCAAUUGGAAGGGCCAUUGCCACAAGGCUUGAAGAAUUGCAGCAAUCUUAAAUUUCUAGAUCUUGGAAACAAUAUGUUACAUGACUCAUUCCCUGAUUGGUUAGGUACUCUUUCGGAUUUGCGUGUUCUUGUGCUGAGAUCUAAUCAUUUCUAUGGUGAAAUAUGCACUUCAAGCACUGCACAUCCAUUUCCAAAGCUGCAUAUAUUUGAUAUCUCACACAAUGAGUUCAGUGGUCUUUUGCCAAAAUGUUAUCUGGAGAACUUUAAAGCCAUGCAGGAUGAGAAUGAUGAUGAAAUAUUGUCAUCUUAUGAAGCUUCAAUAAGCCUUGUGUGGAAAGGGGUGGAGCUUCUAGUGGUGCAUUUUGAUAUCUGCAUAUCUCUUGAUUUAUCCAAUAACCACUUCCAUGGUGAGCUUCCAAAAUCUUUAGGAAAGCUUCAUAUCAUCCAGUUCCUCAAUCUAUCACACAACCAGCUCACCGGCUAUAUUCCAUCAUCAUUACAAAAUUUAACCACUCUUGAGGUACUGGACCUGUCAUCAAACCACCUAGUGGGUGAGAUUCCGGAACAACUUUCAAAAUCGUUGACAUUUCUAGCUAUACUAAAUGUUUCUUAUAAUAAUCUUUCUGGUCGUAUACCUUGUGGUUCACAGUUUGACACAUUUAGCAACAAUUCCUAUUUGGGUAAUGUGGCUUUGUGUGGAUUACCACUAACUUUACAAUGCCAAGACAUGGGUGAAGGGCAAGCACAAGAUGUGAAUGAUUCACAACCUUUUCUGUUUGGAUUUGAAUGGUGGAGUGUUAUUGUUGGAUACUGUUGUGGCAUACCCUUUGGUCUUACCAUUGGAUAUCUUAUAUUUAAAUAUGGAAAACCUCGAUGGCUUGUAAGGUUAGUACUUGGGGACUAAAAGUCUAAGUGGUCUACGCAAUAAGGGCCGGCCAGAUGAAGCAAUUCAACAAUAAUCUUGAAGCAAUGUAUAGUUUCUCUUAUUAUAUGCUUGUGUUUUUAUCUCCUCUAAUCGGUUACUGUCGAUGGAACGAGAUUUUAAAGUGAUCAGUCAAACCAACUGAUGAGCUA